UUAAGCCACCUCACAUCGACCGGCGAGGCUCAUAUGGUCGACGUCGGCCAGAAGGAAUCGUCCGAGCGAGUCGCAGUAGCUGUCGGGUUCGUGCACUUUAGCAAUCCAGAGCCGUACAGACUGAUCACAGAGAAUCUUAACAAGAAAGGCGAUGUCCUCGGUGUGUCACGCAUCGCCGGCAUCAUGGCGGCUAAAAGAUGCUCGGAUAUCAUCCCCCUCUGUCAUCCCAUACCCAUCACGAAGAUCACGGUAGACGUCGGAGCCAUGUCACCCCAGAAUGCCUACAAAACGGCGGCGAGAUACGGUGGUUUCAAACAUGGCGUGAUCGCAGUGGAAGCUCGAGUUCAUACGCAUGGACAGACAGGCGUUGAGAUGGAGGCGCUCACAGCUGUGUCAUGCGCUUGCUUGACGGCCUACGACAUGUGUAAAGCUGUUGACAAAGCCAUGCACAUCUCUGAGACGCGCGUGGUGUACAAAGCGGGAGGCAAGUCUGGUGUCUUC